GAAACACGUGCGAAGAACGUGCACGCGCACGAUCGAUGGCGGAAGGCAGGAAGCUGUUUGUGUUUGAUUUCGACUAUACUCUCGUGAACGACAACGCGGACACUUGGGUAGGAGGAACUGUGGGCGGCGGAGCCGUGGAGAAAGUGAAGGCCGAGAUGAGCAAGUGGUACCACGACUGGAGAGAUUUUGUCAACAAAGUACUUCUCCAGCUGCACCGAGAGGGAGCCUCACGUGACGAUAUUGUAGGUCACAUGAGAAAGUGAGUUGUGACAUGUCGACAGUAUAGGUGAUGGUGUAAAUGGGGAGGUGCUGUGUGUGCAGGCUGAAGAUUCACAGAGAAGCAAUGAAGGCUCUCCAGGCUGUGCGGGCAGCCCCUGAUGCUGAUGCCAUCAUUAUCUCUGAUGCUAAUUCAGUGUUUAUCAACACAAUUCUCCAGCAUUGUGGAGUGGCUGAUGUGUUUAGUGCAGUGCUCACCAACCCGGCCUCCUUCAACAACGAAGGGUUGAUGACGGUUGCUUGGCAUCAUACCCAUACCUGCCAACUUUGUGCUGCAACUCCCAACAUGUGCAAAGGUACCAUUCUCAGAGAAUUCCUCAAGAAUUCUGCUCACCUCUACACUCAAGUAGUGUAUACAGGUGACGGACAAAACGACCUUUGUGCUCUUCUGCAACUGAGAGAUACGGAUGUGGGUGUGGUCAGAAAAGGCCAUGGCCUUGAAAAAGCUUUAGCAAAAGGAACCCAUGAUGUAAAGGCUUCAGUACAAAUAGUUGACUUUUUACAAGACCUAUGCAGUGUUAUCACAUCUUAUUGUUAGUUGUCAUGACAUUGUGCAAUAUGUUUUUUGCAUUGUUUUCUGAAGGCCUUGCAGAAUGCAGUGAUACCACCUUCCUUACUGUUCAAUGUUUGCAUCAGACCUUCAACCCCAUGUACGUGGGGG